AUGAUCAUCCAACUAGAUGGCAACGUAAAUUAUUCUGUUGAAGAAUUAAAAGUUCUUUUAAUGUCAAAAUAUGUUGAUGACAAAAACCGAUGGUAUUUUGAAAAUUCAUCAUUAGAAAUCGGUACUAUUGAAGAAUUACAAAUACGAACUGCAGCUAAACGCUUUACAUCUACGGAACCUUCAAACUUUGUUUUUGAUAUUACUUCUGAUAAGGUUCCAUGCAAAAAAAUAGCAACUGCGAAUCAGAGCAAUCAUGUUGUAAAUGAAAAUUCGAAGAUUAAAGAGAAAACCAUCACUGAGAGCCCUAUAGUAGAUAAUACUGAUAGUGAGUUGCAAAAUGACAGAACCGGUAGUUCAUCAGAACAUCAUUCAGAUAAAAUUUCUACUACUCCUACUGUGCCCUUGAAAAAAAAGCCAAAGAUUUCUGGAUUUUCAUUUACAAUUCCACAAAUUGACGAAAGUGAACUAACUUUUUUGAAUGAAAUUGGACGAGGAGCUCAAGGUAUCGUGCGCAAAGGAAAGUAUUUGUUCAAUGAUGUAGCCAUAAAAACAAUGCAACGAGGAACCAGAGAUAAAUUUAUUAUCAAGGAACUGAAACUCUUAGAGAAGGUAUGUUAUCCUGGUGUUAUUAAUGUACAGGCAUUCAGUUACACUCCGAUGCAAUUUCACAUUGUCACAGACUUCUUUGAGUCAUUUUCUUUAUUUGACGCUAUUUUUAAUGAUCAAGUUAAGAAAGAAUAUGAUUUAUCAACUGAAAACAAAAAGUAUAUAGCUGCACAAAUAUGUUCUGCAUUGGCCUACUUGCAUUAUCAGCCUUCACCAAUUAUUCACAGGGAUAUUAAGCCAGGAAAUAUCUUGGUGGCUAAAAAUUAUAAAACAAAGUUGUGUGACCUAGGUCUUGGAAAAUGUGGGGAUUUAGAUAAUAAUCUAAAUUCUACGUGUGUUGGCACCCUUAGAGGUACAUUAGUAUUUAUGUCUCCAGAAGCAAUAUUGGAUAGAAAAGAAGCAACUACGUACUCCGAUAUCUGGGCUUUGGGGUGUACUCUUGUAGAAUUAUUCAGUGAAAAAGAAAUGUGGCAUGAAAAGCAGAUUUUAGAUAUUUUAUCAAUGUUAUGA